CGCUUACUCUGACACUCCGCAUCUAGUGCUUUGUACAGCUAUCUAUGGUCAAGUAGCAACAUGUUUUUCUGCUUCGAUCUGUCAACGCUCCUCGACUGACCUCAAUUUCAUGAAGCUUCUUCUGGACAUUGCCAUCAAAAUAAUUAAAAAUAGAGCGUCUUAUAGUACUGUUGCUCUUAACCGAACCGGAACUAAAAUGUGUAAACGGCUAAAGACCAAAGUGCUGCAUUUAGCACCGGCGAGCGGUGACGGGCCGUUUCUUCCCCAGGAGGCUUGUACAGACAUCACCGACAUCCUGAGCUGCACAGUGAAGGCGCUGCAGGACGGCCAUGUUGUCGCCGUGCCCACCGACACCAUUUACGGCCUAGCGUGUCUUGCCCAGAAUUCUGGCGCUGUCCGCGAGAUCUACGACAUCAAAGAGCGCAACGAGCAGAAGCCUCUGGCCAUUUGCGUCGGAGAAAUACGUGACAUAUACAAGUACUGCAAGGUGAAGGUGAAAGAGGAGCUACUGAAUGACCUCCUGCCAGGUCCGGUCACACUGGUGUUUGAAAGGUCGCAAUUACUCAACAAAGAGCUCAACCCUUUCACGUCGCUCGUAGGCGUCCGUAUUCCGGACUGCGCCUUCAUUCGUCGUCUAUGUCAGACUUGCGCCGAACCUCUGGCGCUGACGAGCGCCAAUGUCAGCGCGCAGAACAGCACUUUGGCCGUUCACGAGUUUCAGGAUCUUUGGCCGAAACUAGCCGUGGUGGUGGACGGAGGUCCAAUAGAAGACAAAAGUCGUCUAGGAUCCACCGUAGUGGACUUAUCGGUACAUGGCAAGUACCGCAUUAUCAGAGCCGGCUGUGCCUUUUCAUCGACUGUGGACGUGUUGGAAGGCAAAUACGGACUGUCUUCGGAAGAUUUAGGAUGAUCCUCAAUUCCACGCACUCGGGCUGCAACGCACAACUAACUUCCUUAUUCUUGGGGAGAUACCUUUUUUUCUUCAAAACCAGAUGAAAGAAUGCUUAAUAUAUUUGACUUCUGGUCAUAUUUUUAUACCGUUUUAUUUUUUGUUUUAUUAUUAUAGUCAAUUAUGGGAUCAUGUUGGAUUUUUUUGUCCAUGCCAAACAUUUGUCUCUUCUAUAUCGCAGCUUGUACGGUUCCAUUUUUGUUUUGUAACGGUGAAAUACAGCAAUGUUAUCAUGGUAAUGUUCCCUAGGAGGGAUUUGAGCGGGUUUCCUGCACAUUGACAAAAAGCUGUUACUGAUGUAAAAUCAAUCUUGCACAAUAAAAGCUGCAAUUCA